CCGGUUGUUAUUGCAGAUAGUUGUCUGUGAUGUAAGACGCUGGUUAACAGUCAUGACCAGAAGAGAAAUUCCACUUCUUUUGUUGAUAACUUGCUGUGGUUUUGAUCUUGUCAGAAGUACUGUCUGUGGUGAAUGUCAGGUAGAGCCACUACCUCUAUUCCAGAACAAGAGGGUCAGCGUUGGUGUUAAAUGGACAAAGACGAUGACCAACCGUGCAGAAUGUGCUGCGCUCUGCAGCCACUUUCACAGCAUCAGGUCCUUUGGCUACAAGGACAGCAGCGGAGAAUGCGUGGCCUACACCGACCCUCUCACAACACCAGAGGACACAACGUAUGUUGGUGAAUCCGGAUUCAACAUGUAUUCAACAUGUGCAUCAGGCCAGCAGCUGGUGAAUGACAGUGCACACGGUCAUCCUGUCCUGCUGCCAACAGUCAACCAUUUCGGUUCUUGUGUCACCUCUACAGAUUGCACUGUUGCCAAGACUACUUGUAAUGAGGGAUUGUGUGUGUGUGACAUCAUGCACGUGUACUCCCAUGGCAGCUGUGUUCAAGGUUGUCCUGCAUAUGGUACAGGAUUCACGAUAUUCAAAAAUAAAAACCUUGAUGGAUACAACAACAGGAUCAUAAACAACGUCACAACGAUAGAAGCAUGUUUGUCUUUGUGCCUUGCAGAAACCGAUUUCCUGUGUGUUACAGCAGAAUUCGCGUCGGGAAUUCAGAGGUGCAUUCUAAGCAGCACGGCUUGGUAUGAAGUCCCACGACCAUUCACUUUGGACUCUACCAUCUUCGAUGAAGCCAUUCGUAAUUGUUCUUAAAAUAUUCUCUACCAAUCAACUUCGAGUAACCGUUAAACCAUCUUGGUUUCGAUUGCUAAAGAAAUAUUCGAAGUAAAAGGUCAUAUUAUUGGUUUUGUCUUUCGAAUUCACCUGAAUGGAUUUGCACAAUCCAGCAGAUAAUUUAAAAGAUCUAAGUAACAUGGUGUUAUCGCCUUGAGGGGGAUCGUUGAAAUUAUUUAAAAUCGUUG